CGGAAAAUGAAAUCCCUGACUAUAUAGUUUGAUUGCAUCAUUAGGUAGUUUCUUAGAAAGACACAGUGACAGAAACAAAACCUAGAAAACAGCAAAAAGAAUAGGUUUUGAAACUUCUGACUUGUCUUGUUUUAUCAUCGUCCCUCUCCUAUGGCUGGACCAUCAUGGCUGGUGGACAAAAGUAGAAUUGCAACCAAAAUAAAGAGUGCAAUGGGGUCAUGUGCUCCAGAAAAUGUUACAUGGAAAAGCAAUCCUACCAAGACUUGUCCUAAUUGUCAGCAUGCUAUUGACAAUAAUGAUGUUGCGAAAGAGUGGCCAGGCUUGCCAAAAGGUGUGAAAUUUGAUCCAUCUGAUCAAGAGAUAAUAUGGCACUUGCUUGCGAAAGUUGGUGUAGAAAAUUUGAAACCUCAUCCUUUUGUUGAUGAGUUUAUCACUACUCUUGAAGUGGAUGAUGGGAUUUGUUACACUCACCCUCAAAACUUACCAGGUGUUAAGCAAGAUGGAAAUGCAUCCCACUUCUUCCACAGAGCUAUUAAGGCAUACAAUACUGGCACUCGAAAGCGGCGAAAGAUUCACGAUCAGGAUUGUGGUGAUGUCCGCUGGCACAAAACUGGAAGAACUAAACCAGUAAUCUUGAAUGGGGUUCAAAAAGGUUGUAAAAAGAUUAUGGUUCUGUAUAUGAGCAGUGCGGGAGGUGGAAAAGCUGAGAAAACUAAUUGGGUUAUGCAUCAAUAUCAUCUGGGAACGGAAGAGGAUGAAAAGGAUAGGGAAUUUGUCAUCUCUAAAGUGUUUUACCAGCAGCAACAAGUCAAAUUGGGUGAUAAAGAUGAACAAGAUAUUCCUGAAGUCGGUGAAACAACGAUUGUAAAAGUGGAUCCAGUCACUCCCAAAUCCGUGACUCCCGAGCCUCCUUAUAAUGAAAACAAGUAUUCAGAUGUUGAUCUAGGACAUCAAACACUUGCCGUUCCUCAGCCUCAGAUGGAUUGUCGGGAUGAAAUUCAAGCUGAUUGUGAAGAGAAGGCAAAUGAUGAUCUAUCUAUGGUAGAAACUGAAAAUAAUGAAGCGGCUGAGAAUAUCGAAAAUAAUGGAGAUGAAGGCCAAAAGUGGUGGGAUAGUGAAUCACAAAAUCUGUUGGAUUCGCAACAACUGGUUGAAGCGUUGCACUUGUGUGAUGAUUUAUUUCAUAGCCAAUCUCCCGCUAGAGAUGGGAAAGAUGAAGAACAAAAGAACCAAACAGGUCUUUCUGUUUAUGCUGAAUUAGGACCUGAGCAUCUAAAGAAGGAUAUCGAAGACUGUCAAAAUCUUGUCCUUGACCCUCCAAAUGAUGCUGAGCAUGACACGAAUUCAGAGUUACGACUAAGUCAACUGGAGUUUGGUUCGCAAGAUAGCUUCAUAUCAUGGGGUUACAGCAACAAGACAUUAGGGUAGGGUGACAUUAGUCAGUCUGUAAAACUGAUCUGGUAAUGCUGCUUAUUCAUGUAAUUCACUCUUGAAUUCUGGUAUUUGACUUAACCUUAAACCUUAAACUCCGGUGUCGGGGCAGGAUGAACUAUUAUGUUGGGAUAAUGUUUUGCUGCGUGUUGUUCAAAACUUUAAUUUCUGUGUA